ACAAUUUUAGUUUUUUUUUAUAAAGAAAAUAUUAAGCUCUUCUUUAAUUAGACGGUAAAAGAGACACCCAAAGCUCUAAAUCCUCAGCUCCAACUAAUAAACCCUAAACCCUUCCUCCACCAUUAUUACUUGUAGUUGAAGUUUCAUUCUUCCGGCAAAGUACAUCAAGAAAACGUCGGAGAUGGAUUUGGACUUCAACGGUCCAAGUAAAGUCCCAAGCAGGCAAGCUCGUUUUGCUCCCAAGAACUCCAAAUUGAAGCCCCAACCAGAAGCCAAACCCAAAAGUGAAACACUGCCAUCAUCUGAUUCUUAUAUUUCGACUAAAAAGGAAGAAUUAGGUUCACAAACCUCACUAAGAGAUCAUAUAGCGAAAAACGGAGAGGCAACGGUGAAGGACGACGUUUCAUUGAAUGGAGAGACUACGGGAAACGACCUUGCAGAAGAACAAGUUGCAAUAGAAACUGACAGCGAUCAAGAUAAAGUUGUUCGUGAAAUUGAUGUGUGGCUUACCCCUUCCUUCAAUCAGCUGUAUGUACUCCAAUAUCCGUUGAGGCCCGAAUGGCGUCCCUAUGGAUUGGAUGAAAAAUGCCAAGAUGUGAGGUUGAGACCUUCAACUGCAGAGAUGGAAAUUGAUUUGGCAAUAGAUUUUGAUUCUAAAAAUUUCGACAGAGACUCUGUCCAUGCAGCAACGAUGAAAAAGCAGACUCUUUCCACAAAAUGGGUGCCAUUAUCAACUUGCGCCUCAGACUAUGCUGUUGGGAUCCUCAUUGGUGAUAAGUUACACCUCAAUCCUGUUCAUGCAGUUGUACAGCUCCGACCAUCACUGCAGCAUCUUAAGGGAAGUGAGUUGAAGAAGAACAUUACCACCAGCACUGAUGAAAAAAGUUGUGAAAACGAGGAAGUCAAGGAGAAAAAGCCUGUGGGUCCAUCAAAGAAGCAGAACAAACCACCUGGGAACUACAAGGAUAUUGGAGAGCAUUGGUUACCUCUAAAAUACCAUGGGGCUAGUAGUGACAUUUCAGCCAGAUAUCUUCAGAAAAUGGCCAUGGAGGGAGGCUCCCCAGUACCAUUUUCAAUGAGCCAGGUUGAUUAUCUGAAAGCCAUUUGUCCUGCAAGACCAACUGACACUGACAGAUUAAGAACUCUUAGAACAAGCUUCAUGACCAAGUUGUUUGCAAAUCUUGCACUGUGCAUCUGGUCUCUUCCAACACUUAUAUGGAGGAUGUCCAUUUUCGCCACAAUGCUGACAAGGUUGUCUCGGAAACCUCUUGAAGAACGUGUUAGAACUUGGCUUCUUGAGGGACCUCCAAUUAUUCGUUUUGAUUCUCUAAAGCACCUAGCGCCAGAUAAUCCUGUUGAUGAGAUUUUGGAAGUCCUCAAAAGUUACGCACAAUUAGUUCAAGGAUUAUGGGUUCCAAAAAGUUCAUUAGUCUAUGACACAAAUAAUGGACUUGAAGUUUUAGCGAGGAAUUUUGUUCUUUACGAGUUCACCAAGAGUACCCUAAUUAAGAAGUCAGUGUUUGGCAGGAGGCCUGAAUUCCUUAAAGCUGCAACACCAGUAUUAAAAUCAUUAGCUGUCGAGAGGCCUGACCUGAAUGAUUGGAAGCUCAAAGAGCUUCCUGACAAGAAAUUCGAAAACCUUUAUGGUGAUGUUGUGAGAGAGCAGCAAGCUAUCUGGGAGUCCAUGGGGAAACAGAUCAACGAUAUUUUGCAUGGAGGAAGAAACAGGCCUACUAUGAAGAAUCCUCUAAACCCAAAGGCCAACAUUCCUGCAUUGUCAAGUGGUGAUAAAUCCACUCCUAGCACAUUUUUGAGAACAUCUAUGUCAGAAGAAAUUCGAGAAGCUUUAUCAAAGGCGCUUCAAAAUGUUUUUAGAAUCCAUAAGGUUUGCAGUAAGAUAAUUUCAUAGAUGGCAUCAAGAAGAUCCAGAGGUUACAAAAGUAGUAGAUGCACAAAACGAUAUCCGCCAUAGCUACAAAACCUGAGCUAAUGCUAAAGAGCUGAUACAGGGGAGAGAUUCUGCCAACUGAACAACCAGAAAAGACAUCUACCUUAAGAGCAUAAGUGGGAGCUGGAAAUCCCAUCAAAACAUCUUUGGUUCCUUUCUGUCCAGGCACACCAAAAGAUACAGGCAGGAAUCAUCUGCCAUAUUUUCCUGAUGGACUUAUCAACUUCCCAUUGAGAUGAGCAUUCAUAGGCAUCUUUUAUGCUUUGUGGCAUAAGCCAUUUGAGACCAAAAAUAGAGAGAAACAUGCCCCAAAUAUCUGUGGCAACUGGGCAGUGUAGCAAAGAUGUCUAUUGGAUUCUGAAUUGUUGAGGCAAAUGAAGCAUCUAUUGACUGUCUGAAUUUUCCUUCUGUUGAGAUUAUCCUGUGUAAGGCAUGCUUCAUAUAAGGCUAUCCAGCUGAAACAUAUCUUAGGGGAGAGUUUUGUUUUCCAGAUAUAUUCCAGGGCCAUCUGUCAAUUAUCUCAUUUGGAGGAGCAUAGGUGAGAGUAGUGUUCCUUCACCGAAUAGGGACCAUCCUUCCAUUUUUGGUUGUCACUUGUCAGUAAUAUCUGGCUUGACAUAGUGUUCUUCCAAUUCGGACCGUAACUCCAUAAGGUGUGGCAAUUCCCAGUCUUGAAUAUUCCUCCUGAUUGUUUCAUCAUGAGUAUGACCAGUCUUCUAAAAGGAUGAGAUGGUCUUAGUUAUAGUACAUUUCUCUUUGCUUUGGAAUAUUUUAAUACCUUUGAGUAAUGGUAAUCCAUUGUCACUCAGCAGUCCUGUUUAUGUUGACUUCUUGUUAGUUGAGGUGAGUUGUGCAAGGAUUUAUGUCGGAAUUGUCCAUCACAAGAUUUAUGUUGCCUUUUUAGUAUGUUAUUUACCUACUUUACUUUUCUCGAAUGGUAAUGGAUCAUAACAUAGAAUAUAUUACAUUGUCUUUUUUCCUAUGAGCCUCACCUGUCUGAGAUUUAGAAGGAACAGAGUUGUUUUGUUGUUCAAGAAAAAAAAAUUGUGCAUGACUUGUUUUAUUGACAUGAAUUCCUCCAUCUAAACUUGUGACCCCUAACAGAUUGAGAAUCCACUGU